UUAUAUAUAUAUUUGUUAAUUAUUAUAAAAAAAAACUCAAAAGUAAAAGAAAAAGAAAAUGAGCAGACUCUGUUUCAGUUGAGUGAGUGCGGGAAUUCCAAGGAAGAAGAAGAAGACGACGUUCCCAAACUGAAAUGGAAAAUCCUCUCCGCUUCCUCUUCUUCGUCUCUGCAACUGCAAUGUAACAAUCUGAUGCAGGUAAUGGCCAAGUGUCAUUCUAGCAACGUCGGAUCAGUCGCUGUUGCCGGCGGCGCCACUGCUGCUACACGACACUUCCGAUUCUGUACGGCGUUUUCCGGAGCUGCAUUCCGCCGGAGAAUCUAUGACGCGGUUAGUUGCGGUGGGAGCUCUCGGUUCCGCCACCGCUACGAGGACGAGGGGAUGGGUAUCGAUCAGCUGACGUCCGGGAGCGGAUCGGCUUCUGAGGAGCCGCCGAGGAGGCAGAAAAUGGCCAAUGGGAAGUCCGAGAAGCUCGUGGAUCUUCUGAAUUUGGCAGAGUCGGUGGAACCGGAGGAUGGCGUGGAGACGAGGAAGAAGGAGGAGGCGUUGGAGGAGUUGAAAAGCACGGUUAGGGAUUUGCAGGUUGAGGAUUUGGCGAGGCGGAAAGCGGCGGCCAGCAAUGUGAGGCUUCUGGCGAAGGAGGAUUUGGUGAUACGACCCACGCUCGCGCUGCUCGGAGCCAUUCCUCCUCUCGUCGCGAUGCUUGAUUUGGAAGACGAAGAAAUUCAGAUCGCUGCGCUCUACGCUUUGCUAAACCUUGGAAUCGGCAACAACGCGAACAAGGCAGCAAUUGUUAAAGUGGGGGUCGUCCACAAAAUGUUAAAGCUCAUUAAAUCAGAGACUCCGUCAAACUCAUCGGUUACAGAGGCAAUAAUUGCAAAUUUCCUCGGCUUGAGCGCACUGGACUCAAACAAGCCAGUCAUUGGAUCGUCCGGUGCGAUUCCUUUCUUGGUAAAAUUCCUGCAAAACACCGACCGUAAAACUAGCAAUCAGGCCCGGCAGGAUGCUUUAAGAGCGCUGUUCAAUCUCUCAAUUGCGGCAUCGAAUAUCUCAAUUAUAUUAGAAACAGAUUUAAUCCCAUUUCUUCUUAACAUGUUGGGAGACAUGGAAGUGAGCGAAAGGAUCCUUGCUAUUUUAAGCAAUGUGGUGUCAACCCCAGAAGGUAGAAGAGCCAUAAGCAUCGUUCCAGACGCGUUCCCGAUAUUAGUUGAUGUUUUAAACUGGACAGAUUCACCUGGGUGCCAAGAAAAGGCAUCCUAUGUUCUAAUGGUGAUGGCACAUAAGCUUUAUGGUGAAAGACAGACGAUGAUAGAAGCAGGCCUUGUGUCUGCUUCGCUUGAAUUAACGCUCUUGGGUAGCGCAUUGGCUCAGAAGAGAGCUUCCAGGAUUUUGGAGUGCUUGAGAUACGAUAAAGGGAAGCAAGUUUCUGAAAGUUUUGGUGGGAAUCUGGGUGCAACAGUGUCUGCGCCCAUUAUUGGGACUUCAUCUUCUUCCAAAACCUGUGUGGAAGAAUCUGAAGAUUCCAUGAGCGUGGAGAAAAAAGCGGUGAAGCAAUUAGUCCAACAGAGUCUGCAGUACAACAUGAGGAAAAUAGUGAAGAGGGCCAAUUUGCCUCGAGAUUUUGUUCCUUCAGAGCAUUUUAAGUCACUCACAUCAAGUUCAACUUCCAAAAGCCUACCAUUUUAACAAAUCAGAUUACCAUGGCAGAUCUAAAGCUCUGUUGAGCUUGUGUUAUUAGUGAAAGUAAUUAAGUAACUGUCGUUAGAGAGAGAAGUCUUUUAGUCUUUUGUUUUUUGGGUUUUGUGUAAAAAUAAAAUGGACCUAUCUCUACUUCCAAAUUCAAAUCACAGGCAACAACCAGAUCCUGUAUCAAAUGCUUUGAUAUCUUCCCUGGCGGUCGAAUUGUCCCAAGAUUGACAACUCCUGUGGCUGUUUUCAGUCCCAAAAGAAGAUCAGGAGAGCAGUGGGUCACGUUCGACCCACCACUACAAAUCAGCUUACCUCAGUGAGUCAGUGGCCCCUUCAAAAUAUAAUAUCUGGAGCAGGGAACUUGCUGAGCUGUUUUUGGUAGAGGCAUAAUAACAUCCAAGGCAUGUCCUGAGCACGAGGUACUGUUUGUAAAUAUAGAAUUGGGUGACUCCACUGUGUGCUAUAAGCUUAUAUUAAACUAGAGUUGUGAUUCUAUCUUAUCUUUUGGGAUGCCCCUGUGUAUAUUAUUCAUCUGCUUGGGCUGUAGUUAACUUUAAAUUAUGUUAAUGCGAGGCAUUUUUGUCAACUGAAAUGCCCAUCUCAUUUUCUACCAUGAACAGUUUGUGAAUCUUGACCCUCAAUUCCAUGUGAUUUGACUCGUUCAUUUUCUAGUUGUGAUGUGACCUGAAAUCAUGGCUGUUUUAUACUCAAA